CGCUGGCUGGGGACGCGCGGGGUCUCCGCAGUGCCGGCUGCUCCGUGCGGAGCUGCUCUGCCGGCGUUUGGUCUUCGCGGACUGCGGGCAGACCACUGCCCGCCGGAACCAUGGAUGUCGCUGGACCCAGCUGGGCCUCGGCUGGGCUCUGGUGCUCCGUCUAAGCAAAGGGCCCACUUCCAGCACCCUCCCCCCGCCGCCUGCCAUGGCCACACUCGGCUGCUGCCCGCCUGCCUGUGGACAGAGGGCGCCCAGCCCCAGGCCUGACCGGUUAAGCCAGGUCCUCAGGCUCCGUUCCACAGGGGUGCUUCGGGCACCUGGCCCCGUUCCGAGCAAAAGCAACUGAUGCCAUGGAAGAAGCCCGCCCACACGUUCGCCCGGCACUGCCCACCCUGAGACCCGCGUGCCAGGGCCCCCGGGAGGUGCCAGUCCUGUGACCCCUCCCGUCCCCCACGGGAGACGGCCCUGCCCACCCCCACCAUGUGUGAGGUGAUGCCCACGAUCAAUGAGGGAGACCCCCUGGGCCCCCCCCACGGCGCCGACGCGGACGCCAACUUCGAGCAGCUGAUGGUGAACAUGCUGGACGAGCGGGAGAAGCUGCUGGAGUCCCUUCGCGAGAGUCAGGAGACCUUGGCGGCCACGCAGGGCCGGCUGCAGGACGCCCUGCACGAGCGCGACCAGCUGCAGCGCCACCUGAACUCCGCCCUCCCCCAGGAAUUUGCCACCUUAACCCGGGAGCUGAGCCUGUGUCGGGAGCAGCUUCUGGAGCGAGAGGAGGAGAUAUCGGAGCUGAAAGCGGAGCGGAACAACACGAGGCUGCUCCUGGAGCACCUGGAGUGCCUGGUCUCCCGCCACGAGCGGUCCCUGCGGGUGACGGUGGUGAAGCGCCAGGCCCAGUCGCCGUCGGGCGUCUCCAGCGAGGUGGAGGUGCUGAAGGCCCUCAAGUCGCUGUUUGAGCACCACAAGGCCCUGGAUGAGAAGGUGCGGGAGCGGCUCCGGGCGGCGCUGGAGCGAGUCUCCACCUUGGAGGAGCAGCUGGCAGGCGCCCACCAGCAGGUGUCCACCCUGCGGCAGGGGGCGGGGCUUCGGGAUGGAGCCGCCGAAGAGGAAGGGGCUGCGGAGCUGGGCCUGCGACGCCUGUGGCAGGACGACGCGGUUCGGCUGGAGGAGCUGCAGGAGCUGCUGGAGAAGCAGAGCUUGGAGCUGGGCCAGGCCCGGGAGCGGCUGGCCACUCUGACAGCGGCGGUGGCCGAGCUGGAGGGGGACCUGGGCACCGCCCGCCGGGACCUCCUCAAGUCGGAGGAGCGGAGCAGCAAGCACCAGCGGGACCUGCGGGAGGCCCUGGCCCAGAAGGAGGACAUGGAGGAGCGCAUCACCACGCUGGAGAGGCGCUACUUGGCUGCUCAGCGCGAGGCCACAUCCAUCCACGACCUCAACGACAAACUGGAGAAUGAGCUGGCCAACAAGGAGUCCCUGCACCGCCAGUGCGAGGAGAAGGCGCGGCACCUGCAGGAGCUGCUGGAGGUGGCGGAGCAGAAGCUGCAGCAGACGCUGCGGAGGGCGGAGACGCUGCCGGAGGUGGAGGCUGAGCUGGCGCAGCGGAUCGCAGCCCUCAGCAAGGCCGAGGAGCGGCACGGCAACAUCGAGGAGCACCUGCGGCAGCUGGAGGGCCAGCUGGAGGAGAAGAACCAGGAGCUGGCAAGGGUGCGCCAGCGGGAGAAGAUGAAUGAGGACCACAACAAGCGGCUGUCGGACACCGUGCACCGGCUGCUGAGCGAGUCCAGCGAGCGCCUGCAGCUGCACCUCGAGGAGCGCAUGGCGGCCCUGGGGGAGAAGAACUCUCUGAUGCAGGAGCUGGAGAGCUCCCAGCGGCAGGUCGAGGAGCAGCAGCACCACAAGGGCCGCCUGCGCGAGGAGGUGGAGAAGCUGCGCCAGGAGGUGGACCAGCUGAAGGGCCGCGGGGGGCCGUGUGCAGACGGCGUCCAGGCCAGGUCGCACACAGGCAGCGCAGUGGACCUGCGGUUCUCACGGGGCACAGCCGCCCCGGGCCUGCGACGCCGCCGCUCACUGCGGGAAGGGCCCGCCAAGGACUGGGAGCCGUGCCCGCUGCCCGGCGUGCUGGCCCCCACGGCCACCCCCGCCUUUGACAGCGACCCCGAGGUCCCCGACGUGGGCGAGGACGGGCCUGGGGGCCUGGGGGGCCCCGUGGACGUCGUCUCCCCCGGCAGCCGCUCCGACGCACAGACGCUGGCCCUGAUGCUGCAGGAGCAGCUGGACGCGAUCAACGAGGAGAUCAGGAUGAUCCAGGAGGAGAAGGAGUCCACGGAGCUCCGCGCCGAGGAGCUGGAGACACGCGUGACGAGCGGCAGCAUGGAGGCCCUCGACCGGCCGCAGCUGCACGGGCGCGGCCCCCUCCCCACCUCCCUGACGGCCCUGUCGCUGGCCAGCGGGGCCCCCGCAGCUGUCGGCCGCCCCGCUCGUACAGGCCCCUCCCGCAGUGCUGCCCAGGGCCUGGACCGGAUGGGGGUCAUGACUCUGCCCAGUGACCUCAGGAAGCACAGGAGGAAGCUGCAGUCACCAGUGUCUCGGGAACAGAACCGAGAGGAUAAAGCCACCAUAAAAUGUGAGACUUCUCCUCCUUCCUCACCCAGGAUGCUGCGGCUUGAGAAGCUAGGCCACCCAGCCCUGAGCCAGGAGGAAGGCAAGAGCGCGGUGGAGGAGCCGGGCAGCAACCCCAGCAGCAGCAGCAGCAGCCAGGACUCCUUGCACAAGGGCGCCAAGCGCAGGGGCAUCAAGUCGUCCAUCGGCCGCCUGUUUGGGAAGAAGGACAAGGGCCGGCUGAUCCAGCCGAGCCGGGACGGAGCCACGGGCCAAGUUAUACUGAUUGACUCUGAGCUCGAGCCCCCGGGGACGGCCAAGCUGGGGGCCCAGGCGGAGAAGGACUGGCGGCUGCAGAAGAAGCACCAGCUGCUGGAAGACGCCCGCAGGCGAGGGACACCCUUCGCUCAGUGGGACGGCCCCACGGUGGUCUCCUGGCUGGAGCUCUGGGUGGGCAUGCCGGCCUGGUACGUGGCGGCCUGCCGGGCCAACGUCAAGAGCGGCGCCAUCAUGUCAGCGCUGUCGGACACGGAGAUCCAGCGCGAGAUCGGCAUCAGCAACGCCCUGCACCGGCUCAAGCUGCGGCUGGCCAUCCAGGAGAUGGUAUCGCUGACCAGCCCCUCGGCCCCGCCCACCUCCAGGACCUCCUCUGGGAACGUCUGGGUCACCCAUGAAGAGAUGGAAACUCUGGCAACAUCCACUAAAACAGACAGCCAGGAGGGCAGCUGGGCUCAGACGCUGGCCUACGGCGACAUGAACCACGAGUGGGUCGGCAACGACUGGCUGCCCAGCCUGGGCCUGCCCCAGUACCGCAGCCACUUCAUGGAGUGCCUGGUGGACGCGCGCAUGCUGGACCACCUGACCAAGAGGGACCUGCGGGUGCACCUGAAGAUGGUGGACAGCUUCCACCGAACCAGCCUGCAGUACGGCAUCAUGUGCCUGAAGAGACUCAAUUACGACCGGAAGGAGCUGGAGAGGCGGCGAGAGGAGAGCCAGCACGAGAUCAAGGAUGUGCUGGUCUGGACCAACGAGCAGGUGGUUCGCUGGGUGCAGUCCAUCGGGCUGCGGGACUACGCGGGGAGCCUGCAGGAGAGCGGCGUGCACGGCGCGCUGCUGGCCCUGGACGAGAACUUCGACCACAGCGCGCUGGCCCUGCUGCUGCAGAUCCCCACGCAGAACACCCAGGCCCGCCAGGUGAUGGAGAGAGAGUUCAGCAACCUGCUGGCCUUGGGCACAGACCGGAAGCUGGAUGACGGGGAGGACCGGGUGUUCCGCCGCGCACCCUCCUGGAGGAAGCGCUUCCGGCCACGGGACCCCCCCAGCGGCGCACUCGGCGCGCCCCCCCUGGGGCCCCUGCAGCCUCCGCCAGGCCCCCCGAGGAAGGUCACGCCCGAAGCGCACUCCCACUAUCUCUAUGGACACAUGCUCUCCGCCUUCCGGGACUAGCCACGGCCCCAGGCCCCACGGGCUCGCCCGCCCGGACCCUCCUGCCCGACACCUCCUCCCACGGCUCCCAGACCCCAAGCGACGCCAGCUGCCCUGGACCUCGGAGCAGACGCGUGCACGCCCCGGCAGCCCACGCCACAGCGCCGCCCGCGUCCUUUGUCCGUCUCCGUGGAUGUGGCUGCGUCUCCUGGCGACGGGCAGAUCCUGCCAGAGGCAGAGGACAACCCCCUGGCUGGUGUGACUCCUUGACCCUGCCUGGUCCUGGUCCUGGUCCUCGUCCUCUGCGGGACGGCGAUGCGGGCCAGGGGCGGCCUUGCCAAGGGAAGGGCCCUCGGACUCUGCGGAGCCCAGGCUGCCUGGCCUGGUUCCUGACCCCGUCCUGGCUGAGCCCGAUGGCCUGACACCGCGGCUUCUGCGCCCAGGGCCUCCUCAGGGGUUCGGGGACGGCAGGGGCCUGGCCAGGGGUGGGCCAGGCGUGGGCCUGAGCUUUGGGCCGAGGGUCCCGGUGGGUGCGGCUGGCCAGCGGAGAGCCGAGGAUCUGCGGCAGCCUCGCCCCCAGAGGGCAGUCAGGCGUGGGGUCAGUGGGCCGCAGCCGUGGGGCCGGACGAGCUCACCCCCAGGCACUGCCAGCCCCGCUCCUGCGUCCUGCCCUCCGCCGUCCCCCUGGGCCGUUCCACUGUGUCCCAGCCCCAGGACAGCGGGCCUCCCCGUGGGCUGAAUGUACACGGACCACGACCUGGGUCUGGGGAGAGGCAGGAGGGCACGAUGUGAGGCCCCCCCCUCGUCAGUGCGUCCGGCCCAGGCGCCGGCGGAGGCCGACCUGUACGGCCCGUCCCAGGGCCGCCUCUCGGGGCUCCGGGCGGACGCACAGGCACCGCCUCCCCCAGAGGCUCCCGGGUCCCGCCAGCUUCUCCCCAUCACCCCCGUCUGUGCAUCUGCGGAGCCGCCAGCAGCGGGGCCCCGCCCCCGCCCUGUGUCUUGGGUCCCUGCCCCUCGUGCACUGGCCGCAGGAGCAGGCUGUGCGUGUGCGUGUGUGUGCGUGCGUGUGCAGCUGCAGUAAACGCCCUGGUUUUAUGACAGCUCACAAA